GAUAUAAUGUUGGAUGCCCUGAUAAUAUCAUCAGAAUAUCUUCCGGUAAGAGGUCGCAUUCUUCGCAAUGUUCAUGAAUCCUUUUCCGGUAGAGUAAGAAAAUGACUGGCUUCAGUAAUAAGCCAAUAUUAAUUGAUGGCCGUGGCCAUUUACUUGGUCGUUUGGCAGCUAUUAUUGCCAAAACGAUCCUGGAAGGUAAUAAAGUAAUUGUUGUUCGUAGUGAACAACUUAAUAUUUCUGGUAAUUUCUUCAGGAAUAAGCUGAAAUUUAUGUCGUUUUUACGUAAGAGAUGUAAUGUAAAUCCAGCCCGUGGACCUUUUCAUUUCCGUGCUCCUAGUAAAAUACUUUGGAAAACAGUUCGUGGAAUGAUCCCACACAAAACACAAAGGGGAAAGGAUGCUCUCAGAAGGUUAAAGGUCUAUGAAGGUUGUCCACCACCAUAUGAUCGCAGAAAACGUGUUGUUGUACCAGGUGCCAUGAGAGUUAUGUGUCUUAAACCUGGUAGGAAGUACUGUCAUGUAGGUAGAUUAUCUCAUGAAGUUGGAUGGAAAUAUAAGGCUGUUGUACGUACAUUGGAAAACAAGAGACGCGUCAGAUCAAUUCUUGAAGUUCAAAAGAGGGAUAAGCUUAAGAAACUUACCAAACAAGCAGGGCAAACAGUUUCAAAGGCUACUGCACCAUACACAGCAAUUAUUAAUAAUUUUGGAUACAAUUAAUACAAAAAUUGUAAAAAUAAUAAAUCUCCAUAAACAUUUUA